GAAGCUAGUCCCGGCGUUUGUCUCUGCCUUUUGUCAGUUCGUCCAAGCCGCACCAACAUCCGCCCCAUGACUGCAAAGAAAACCAAUCCCAUUCAUGACCCGUCCACAAUUUAUUACCUCCAUCCUUCCGAAGGGCCGGGUAAUUCUUUAACCAAAUAUUGUCUUCGAAGUGAUAAUUAUGAUGUAUGGGAGAAAGCUAUUAAAAAUGCUCUCGGAGGGCAUGGUAAGGUCAAAUUUCUUACAUCCACGGGAGUACCCAAACCCGAGGAUGAACUUAAACUUGCGGCUUGGGAGUCCAAGCAUUCAAUUAUUUGUAGUUAGAUUUGCAAUCGAUGAAUCUAUUCAACGAAGUAUUAUAUCUCACAAACUUGCAUUUGAACGGUGGGAUGAUCUCCAGAAAUGUUAUGGCGGUUCUAAUGUUUCACGUACUUAUCAAUUAAAGUGUGAGUUAAACGGGUUGCAACAAAAGGGCCAACCAGUAGUGACUUAUUAUAAUCAGUUCAUCACUAUUUGGAAUCAAUUGUAUGGUUGUUAUGAUCCAACUGGUGGUUGUAAGUGUGAUGAAGCUGCGGUUCUACGAGCAUGUUCAUAACGUGAGAAGACUGUGGAUUUUUUGAUGGGUCUUGACGAAGAGCAAUUUGGCACUGUGCGUGGUCAAAUCAUCGAGAACGAACCUGUCCAAGAUUUGGAUACGGCCUUUUAUUUGGUGUCUCAAGAAGAACGUCAUCGUACGAUUAUUCGUACUCGUGACGACCGCACUGACACAGCGGCAUUCGAAGCCCGACGCACCCCCCACUGGUCGUUUCUUGUGUUCACAUACAUUGUGGGCGUACGAAUCACAAUGUUGAUACGUGCUCUGAGCUUAUUGGUUUUCCAAAUGGUUAUGGACGUGGUCGAGGUUCCAUUUCCAGGGGAGGUGGAGGAAGGGGCGGUGGUCGCAGGCUCCAGUCCGGUGGUGGUUGAGGGUUUGGCCGUGGGCCUGGCAGCGCUGGACUUGGACACAGCAGCAGUCCGGCGAACCCUUCUGCUGGAAGCAACAUCAGCACGGCAAAUGCAGUCAAUAGUGAAGCCCCCGCUAAUUUAAGUGAUCAAGUGGCUGAUAUAACGGACUGUUCGUUGAAAAUGGAGAUUGGUUGGGGUGAUUUGUGACACGGAGUCUAUGUCUUUUACAGUUGGUCAGUUCAAGCUCUUGUCUCCACCACUGAUCCAGUUCUUCUUCAUCAAUGUUUGGGUCAUCCAUCUCCUCAUUUAUCUAGUCAUAUUAGUUCUAAUAAACGCACUUCUACUAUUAAGAAGUUGCAAACCUGUGAAAUUUGCUUUAUGUCAAAACAAACUCGUACUCCAUUCAUUCCUAGUUCAAAUAAAGCUAAUUCUGGUUU